AUGUCCUCAAGGUUCGGACAUCAGCGCGACCCGCGCAACUCAUUAUUCGAGAGCUACAAUGCAUCCAGAAAUCCAACGCCGUCGCCUUCGGGACUCUAUGCUGAGCCUGGAUACGGAUUGAACAAUCGCGGAGCAUCCCCUGGCAGUGGCUUAGGCUACAGAUCUGCUACACCGAAUAAGAGAGGCCAAUACAGCGACGCAGUUCUCUCCGAACUCGAAAGUCAGAAUGACGAACAGCUCGAGGGCAUGGGCGCAAAGGUGAAGAUGCUCAAAGAUAUUACCGUCGCUAUUGGCCACGAAAUCAGAUCUUCUACUACCCUCGCCGACCAAAUGAAUGACUCUUUUGACAACACUCGUGUCCGACUACGCGGGACAAUGAACCGCAUGUUGAGAAUGGCUGAGUCGACUGGUGUCAGCUGGAAGGCUUGGGCAUCCUUUUUUGCCGCUGUCAUAUUCCUCUUCUGGUGGGUCUGGCUUGGAUAA